GUUAUCAUCACACGCCCCCCUAACACAAAAUCCUGGGUCCGCCCCUGGAAGCGAUGGAGGGUUGUAAUGGGAGUCCUUGUCCAAAAUAUAGGGGAGAAUAAUAAAAGAACUGGCGAUCGAGGCUUUUGGUUGUGACAAACACAGUAACUGUUAGCUUGAAAAGAUUUGAAAUUCCCUCCAAAGACAAGUCUUAGACUUGUUCAGCCAUUUUGGGAGAAGAUAAAUUGUAUGCAUUUUUAAUAAUCAAAUGUGACAUAGACCAAGUCUGCUUUUUUGCUGAUUUAUAACAUAUCGAGUCACCGGAUUUCAAAAUAAUAUAGAAUAAUAAUAAAGCACCAGAAAAUGAGGUGAAUCGCAGAUAUAGAUCUCUAAAUACAAAAACUUUUCUUACCUUCAAAUUUGGUUCAAAAUCUAGGUCAACUUCAAUACCAGAAAAACUAGUCAAUCAACAAUAUUUAAUUUGUAUAAUUGGAGUCUACUUAUGUUCUGUAGAUCAUUUAAUCCAACACAUAAGAUUAUAAUUGCUUUUAAAAACUAUACCAUACUGGACUAUAUAAUAUACUAUUCGGGGAAAAUAAGUUAAAAUGUUACAAAUAAGUUGUUCGAUUAGUUAUUCAUGUGAUCCGGGUAUUUUCAAAAUGUCAGCCUCCAUGUUUUGAUUGUUCAAAAAACGAAUUUUGAUAAGAUGGCAAGUGGAGUUUCAAUCAAGACUGAACCAAUGGAGUCGAUGUCAGAUGACAUCAAUAAUAGUUUGGCAACAGCUACUGUAGUAAAGGAUUCCACGAACAUGUUGGAAGAUCUGGAAGACUCUACGUAUUACUUUGAAACAGAUCACCUUGCUUUAAAAGAUAACGCAGAUUAUCGGAGACUCCUCCGUAAUAUAUCUCUUCUUGAAUCUCAACGUCAACAGUCGAUUAAAGACUUAGACCGCAUUAUUGACAUUAAAGAGGAAGCACUGAAAGACCCAAUCGAGUUUGUACAAAAAUUACAGAGGAAAGCAGAUGUUGGUCUCCCGCCAAAACGUAAGAUAGCGGAAUUGCCCGAGAUUGACUGGGCCCAGUAUACUAAGGUAGUCGAGGGGCUAGGGGCCACUAGGCACAAGACACGGGGCAAAAAAGGAGACCACAGCCAUAGCCUUGCCGCAACGUUACAGGGGACGAAUAAAUCUUUAUUGGAUACUCAAGUGCCAUCUCCCCUAAUGGAUGAUAUAGAAUCGAGUGACAAUAUCAUUGUCCGGGGACGUCUAAAAGACGAGUCAAAAUCUCAGACAUUUAACCAACUCUGGACGGACGAGGAGCAGAAACGGUUAGAGGCUCUUCUAAUCGAGUAUCCUCCAGAGGAGAUCGAGACACAUCGCUACCAGAAGAUUGCAUAUGCUCUUGGGAACCGUACCAUGCAUCAGGUUGCAAGCAGGGUACAGAAAUACUUCAUCAAGCUAGCCAAGGCUGGACUACCAAUCCCAGGACGUAUGCCAAACAUGAAAGCAUAUAAAGACAAAAAUAAACCUGUUCAUCAUCACCACAGACAUAAACACCUAUACUACCAGCCAUCCACAUUUAUGCAGAGUUAUAAUCCCCCUGUGUAUAUGUCUGAUGAUGAUGGGGAGAGUUAUAUGGGGGAUGCGUAUAGCUUACCAAGCAAAGACGAUGAUAGCUCAGAUGAUGAUAUUCCCAGCCACCUUGCAUCGACUAAUGAAUAUUUGGAACUAAUGCAGUUGAAGUCUCUAAGAAAGCGCAAGAUAAAAGAGAUAGGACCCCCUCCCUUUGAACACAAAGGUUUUAAGUGUGACAGGUGUAACUGUGAUCCUAUCAUUGGCAAGCGAUGGCAUUGUAUUGACUGUAGUCCAGAUUCCUUUGACUUCUGUGAUGACUGCGCUGAUAGUCAAUAUGAGAUAGGUCAGCACAACUCCAGCCAUAGAUUAAAACAAGUGGAACCACCUCAAUCCAAAGACAGUCAUAUAGACAGAGACUAUACUGGAUUUACCCCUGGAGACUAUAGUUAUUUAGACCCUAACUUCAUGCCUGCAAGCUAGCAUAGGUUCUACAGGGGGUCUUCGAAUAGCAGAGCCAUGUAUUUUGUAUAAUGUAUCUGGUCAUUCCUUCCCCCCACCUUCUAGCUAUCUUAUUUAUAUGGUCAUGUGGGGUAAUGGCAACACAGGGGCUUGAUACGAAACUAGGAUAUGUAUUCUGGAAAUGACAGAGCAGUUUUCAUUUGUGGGUGUAUGGUUGGGUGGGUGUACGGUUGGGUGGGUGUAUGGUUGGGUGGAUGGGUGGGUGUAUGGUUGGGUGGGUGGUUGGAUGGGUGUAUGGUUGGGUGGGUGGUUGGAUGGGUGUAUGGUUGGGUGGGUGGUUGGAUGGGUGUAUGGAUGGAUGGGUGUAUGGAUGGAUGGGUGGUUGGAUGUAUGUAUGGGUGUAUGGUUGGGUGGGUGGUUGGAUGGAUGGGUGUAUGGUUGGGUGGUUGGAUGUAUGUAUGGGUGUAUGGUUGGGUGGGUGGUUGGAUGGAUGGGUGUAUGGUUGGGUGGUUGGAUGUAUGUAUGGGUGUAUGGUUGGGUGGGUGGUUGGAUGGAUGGGUGGAUGGAUGGGUAGGUGGAUGUUUAGGUACUGAAUUCCAAUAUGGUGAAUUGGGCAAUGAUGUUAAAUGA